AUGCAACAAAUUGCCUGUUCAAUUCCACAAAAUUCGAUUUUUAGCUAUGCACUUUCAGAAAAAGAUUAUCAAUUUCAAACAUACUCGAAUUUGGUAUAUUUGAAAGAGGCACUGAAAUGGAGUUCAGAUAAACGUAAGUUUAUUUUGCUGAAUUUUUUUUCUAGAAAAAGUCCUUUUUGAGAUAACACUGAAUCAACUUGUGAUGUUUAUAACAAAUAUCUGAAAAAUUUGAAAAACUCAACGAGUCGGCAAGAUUUUGAUCGCAUUGAAAUAAUUAUGUAUUUUCCGAAAUUUUCUGAUUGUGAGGGAAAUAUUCUCGAGUUUAAAAAACUCAACUUCCGUGCGCAACUCAAUUUGGUUGGAUCUGGUUAUAUUGGAACACCUGGCUUCAAAUUUCUCAAUUUUUCGGAAUUUUCGAAAAUUAAUUAUACUUUGGAAGCAACGAAUGAGCUCAAAGAUGCGACUACGUUUUUGUGAGUUUUAUUUUUUGUUGUGAGGAAUUUAACAUUUUGAAAAUUUCAUUCCCAAAAAUUUAGAUUUCGAAAUUUUAUGAUCUACGAAAAAUAUGCAUAAGAGAAAUUUAGGAUUUUGCUAACUUUCGCUCUGCAAAAUUGUUAUAACCUUAAAAUUUUCAGUGUCAACGAUAUUCUCGAAAUUCCACCGGACAAACCUUCAAUAUUUGAUCUCGAAAUUUUUCUAUCCGCAAUAACUGGUUUCUUAUUUUCAAUACUUGUAGCAGUUUUAAUAUUUUUGAUGAUUUGGUCUAAUUUUUUGCGAGAAAAGAAACAAAAAGCUCCAACUCCAGAUGCAAAACCGAUUCUCUCGAAUAUAAAAACCAUAUAUUUUCAAGAUGAUGAUUUGGGAACUGAAGUAACAGUAACAAUUCCGAAUGAGACAAAAAAAGAAUCGGAAAACAAAAAAGAUGCGGGAAAAGAAAAAGAAGCGAAAAAAUCAACUAAAACAUUAGUGUCAGAAAAAGUCAAAACAUCUGCAAACUUUGAUGAUACUUAUGCAGUUCCAGAUAAAAAAUCAGCCCCAAAAACCCCCAGCAAAAAAGAAUCAAGUGGAAAUUUUGAUGAUACUUAUGCGGCAGCACCCUCAAAAACUACACCCAAAAAAUCGCCAGCGAAAAAAACUCGCGAUUCUGAUGAGUCGACAUCGAAAACACUUGCAACAACUCAAACAAAUACAAAUGUACAUGAUGAUGAUUUGGGUGAAAUUAGUGGAAAGAAAAAGUGA